AUGAGUUUUGGAGCCCCCGGCGGUGGAUCGGUGAACUACAAGCCAUCACCACCCGAGCGCGGUAGCUUUCCUCUUGACCACGAAGGAGAAUGCAAGCACAUUAUCUCGGGAUAUUUGAAGUGUAUCAAGAUGAACAAAGGCACCAACGAUGAGGCAUGUCGCAAAUUGGCCAAGGAAUACCUCGCCUGCCGAAUGGACAAGAACCUCAUGGCGCCGGAUAACUUCGAGAACCUUGGGUUGAUCUUUAAAGAUGACAAACAACAGACACCAGCCACACCAGCUGCAGGCGCAACAAAUCCAGAACAGAAGAGUUGA